CAUGAUUAUUGUGUCAAUAUAGAUACAACUGUUUAUUAUGAUGACUAGAUUAUAUAUAUAUCUCGGUUUAAGAAUCAUUCGAAUAAUUGGAAAUAUCCCUGAUGUUACUUGACUCAGUUAGUUGAAAAGUUCCAAGAUGAGGAAAAUCUGCACAACAUUUUUAAUUUUUUAUCUUUUCCACUUUGGAGCUGCAUCAAUAGUAUCGAAAGUUUUUACGUUUGAUAAUGCGAAAAAAGUUGGAUCAUUGGUAAUGAAAUCGUAUACUUUGGAAAAAAAAGUUAAUGAUGAUACUCCAGAAGUAAUUCAAGCAUUAUCGACAGAAUUAAAUGCUGCGACGAAUAAUUUACGAAAUUUAGGACUCUUUGUUCGUGAAAAUUUAGAUGGAAUUGUUCUCAGCAUACCUGAAGAUGUUGAAACUGCUACAGAAAUAAAUAAUGAUUUGAGAGAUAUAUUUAAUCGAAUCGUACUUAUUAAUGGACUCUUUAAAUCAUUUUAUCUUGAAUAUGUGGAUAAAAAGAUUUCUGAUACUUCAUUAAAUGUCUUUAUAGCAAAAGCUACCAGCAUUGAUGAAGAUAGUCCUGCUAUUAAUUCAUUUAAAAUAUAUAGCUUGAUUCAUCCUGGUAAUCUUGGCUAUUUAAAGCCUUGUUUCUUUUCUAGAAUUGCUCAACAAUUAAAAACAAAUGUUUUUCAACGUUGUAAAAAACAUCAGAGUCCACAACAAUUCUUAUUUGAGCUCUAUGAUCUGAUUGAAACUGUAGAAACUCGAGCAUUCAUGAUGAUUACUACAGCGUAUAAAUUAAAAUCUCUUAAGGAUAACGAAAACUUGUCGAGAGAAAUGCAAUUUGCGCAUAAUGAGCACGAAAAGAGGCUGCAUGAUUAUUUAAGUGAUUUACAGGGUGUUGUUAAUGGUGCAUCUACGUUAAUGUUUAGUUGCAUGCCUCAAUAUUAUAGCUUGAAUCACUUAGAACCUCAGUUAACUUAUGCUGUGAGUUUGAGACCGAAAAUAAGUGAUUACAACAAUAACAUGGUAGUAACAGGACUACGGCUGGUCGUGUUGAAAGGAAUAAUUCAUAUUCAGAUAGAAGAAGGUAAACUAGGAGUUAACGGAGAUAUAGUAGCUGGAACUGAAAGAUGGAUUCCAGUGGAUGACAUGGACUUCGCUUCGAAAACUAUUCAUCAAAACGGAGUGAACUCACACAUGUCUAUAGGCACUGAUUUUCAAACGGUCACUUGGUGGGACUAUGUAGAAACGGCAGUGCGAACCGUACCUGAAAAUUGUGUAAUUGUUGGUGCAAACUUCGAUACCUAUGACAUAAGCGAUACUAAUAAGAAAAUAUUCUACCUGCGAUUGCAUUAUGCAAAAAUAGUCUUUUCCACUGGAGAAGUCAUACCAUCAACCUAUAGUACAACCCAUGAAAUAACUUAUGGAUGGGGCAAUUAUGAAGUUUUUGCCUUAAACCGUGAAAUUAAAUCAUUCUCUGCAAAUAGCAAUGGAAAUGAAAACUUUGUAAAUCUUCCCAACUCUUAUUUGGAUUGGCAAAAUGUCGUUGGAGAACCUAGAAUUCCUUUCACAGGCGUUGGUUUUAAAAAAUAUGAUAAUCCAUCAUAUGGACGUUCUUUGUCCUUACAAGUUUCUACGCUGAAUUUAAUGUCACGUAUUGAUAUUAAUUAA